GCUUGUCAGCACCGGUGCCCAGAGGCAGGAAGGGGAAGAAGACAAAAAACCAGAUGCUGCUUCCCGAGAUAAAGAACGCGGACUGGCUCGCCACCUGUAACCCUGAGGUUGUCCUGCAUGACGACAGCUACAAGAAGCACCUCAAACAGCACUGCAACAAGGUUCUGCUGCGGGUGCGAAUGCUCUACUACCUGAAGGCUGAAGUGCUGGGGGAGGCCGCUGACAAAGCCUUUGAGGGGACCCCUGCCAGGGAGCUGGAUGUGCUGCUGCCAGACAUUGAUUACGUGGAGAUCCCAGUGGACUGGUGGAAUGCUGAAGCUGAUAAAUCCCUGCUCAUCGGUGUCUUCAAGCACGGUUACGAGAGGUACAAUGCCAUGCGGGCGGACCCAGCACUGUGCUUUCUGGAGAAGGUGGGCAUGCCAGAUGAGAAGCUGCUUUCUGCGGAGCAGGGUGUCAGUGACGGGGCCCAGGAUGCUGCCGAAAGGGGCAGCAUGGAAAAGGAAGAGAACAGUGGAGAGAAGCUGGAGGGGCUGCCAAAGCAGGAGGACAUCGUGGCUGCUGGGGUGGGGGAAGCCCGGGAGGAGCAUCCAGUGGCAGCCCAGGAUGGCUCCGACUCAGACAGAUCCUGCUGGCCUGUCUCAUCUGCCCUCACAGCCAGACUGCGGAGGCUUGUCACCGUCUACCAGCGCUGCAACCGCAAGGAGCUGCCUCCCCGUGCCGAGAUGCUCAUGCCCGGUAACCAUGGAUACUGGCUGCAGGACGAGAUGUUCAGGAGGGCCUCUGAGAUGGACUCGGUGAACAAAGAAAUGCAGAAAAGGUGGACCAGGAGGGAGCAGGCAGAUUUCUACCGCACUGUCUCCUCCUUUGGGGUUAUCUAUGACCAGGAGAAAAAGAUCUUUGACUGGGCCCAGUUCCGAGCCAUCUCUCGACUGGAGAAGAAGACAGAUGAGAGCCUGGAGAAGUACUUCUACAGCUUCGUGGCCAUGUGCAAGAAUGUCUGUGGUCUCCCACUGUGGAAAGAGGAUGGUCCUCCAGACCCUGACAUCUAUGUGGAGCCCAUCACAGAGGAACGUGCUGCCAGAACCCUCUACCGUAUUGAGCUUCUGCGAAAGGUGCGCGAGCAGGUGCUCAAGUGUCCACAGCUCCACGAGCGGCUCAAGCUGUGUCGGCCGAGCCUCUACCUGCCAGUGUGGUGGGAGUGUGGCAAACAUGAUCGGGACCUGCUGAUCGGCACCGCCAAGCAUGGCCUGAAUCGCACUGACUACUACAUCAUGAAUGACCCCCAGCUGUCUUUUUUAGAUGCAUACAGGAACUAUGCCCAGCAUAAAAGAACGGGGCUCCCAGGCCCAGAAACCCUGUGCUGCCUUUACCAGACUAACUCCAAACUCUACAGUUCCCCUCUGUACAGCCAGGUGGACCGGACUUGCGAAUCCCUGGAGAAUGAAGCUGAGAGUCAGAUCAAGCUAGAAGCUGUAAACACUAUGUCCCAGGCCGGGGGCAGUCCACCGGAUCCAAACUCUGAAACAUUCAUGUCUAAAGUCCAGGACAUCAUUUCCAGUAACUAUGAUGAGAGCUCUCUGCCGGACUCAUUGGUGUGCAUGAUGUAUGAUGAGAAGGCUUGUAACAGCGAGCAAAGCUCCCUUGCUCGAGACAGCCCAAGUUGCACAGAUGUUGGAAGCAGCAUUGCUAAAUUCUCUGAGGGCAAGCUAGAGGGGGAUGAGGAUCCGUCCAGCUGUGAUGCAGAUGCCAUGAGAGAGACUCCCUUCCUAGAGGGUUUGCAGGUGGGCUGUGACCGAAUGGACAGUCAGAACGAGGAAGCUGAGCCUCUACCUUCUACUCCCGAAAGCGACCCUUCACGGAGCAUCCCAGCAGAGCUCUGCGAAGCCUUGCAGCAGAAGGGAGACCUCACCAGCCCUGCGCCAGUGCCGCCUGAGCAUGGUGCCAUGGAAGGGGUCAUAGGCGUGGGGCUCUACAGUCCCAGUCUUCGUAACUAUGAAAUGAAGGUUCCUCCUGAGCAGAGAUUCAUCAGUCUGCUGCAGGAGAAAGGAAUGGAGGCAAAGUCAGGGCCAAGUCAGAGCCACAGUGAGGAAGAUGAGGAGGAAGAAGAGGAUGAUGAUAACUCUGAGGCAGCAGCAGAUGUUGUGGAAGGCUUGAGUGGUUCCAGGACCAGGGCUGGUUUUGACCCCGAGGCUAAUGAACUGGGGGGCGAGGAGCAGAGCUCUGGCCUCCCCACACCUGAGGACACUUGCCCAGAAGAUGUGAAUGGCGAGAGAGAGUCCCUGGAGCUGGGGACACCCGAAGGGCUGGGGGAACCCAGGCCAGAGGGCAGGGAGGACCAUGGCCUGGAUGAGGAAAGCACCCUGCAGCACUCACCAGGCCAGGCUCAGAGUCAGGCUUUCAGCCUACCUGCACCUCUGCUGGGGGCCCCAGGGGUAGACCCCCACUGUGCCAGAGGGGAGGCCUGGGGCCGAGCGGCGGAGGGGCAGGCAGGCUGCAGAAAGGCCCUGCACCCGGAGCCCCAGGGAGUGAAGCAAGAACAGUGUGAGAACAGAGAUGAGGAGGAGAAAGCCAACAGCAACCAGAGUCAAGAUGGUCCGGAGAAGUACUUGGAGGAAGAGAGCAAGAGUUCUGCUUCUGUCCUGCCCGGGGAGAUAGAUGACCUUCAGGAUGCCCGGGCACCGACCAUAGCCCAGCUGCUGCAGGAGAAGACGCUUUACUCCUUCUCUGAGUGGCCUAAGGACCGUGUGAUCAUCAACCGCAUUGACAAUAUCUGCCAUGCCAUCCUGAAGGGCAAGUGGCCUUCCUCCAGCCAGCAGUUUGAGACACAAAGCCUGCUGACGGCUCCAGCGGUAGCCAGCAAUGCCGGCAGCAGGAACAGCUUUGCUGAGUCAGAGGCCGCCGAUCCCAGCUUCAAUAACGGGUUGUUAAUCUCACAGGUACAAAAGGAAGGUUUCCUGACCCCUGCCUUUGCAAAGGAUGAGCGGAAGCACAGGAGGCCCUAUGAAUUCGAGAUGGAGAGAGAUGCCAAACAGAGGAGCCUGGAGCAGCUAGCAGCAACCCAUGUUCAUCCACCCAUUGUGCUGAACGGCUGGCGCGACACAGCAGUGGACUUGUCCAGAGCCUCUGAUGGGUCCCCAGGGAACUCCUCUCCUUUCGCCCUGAACACAAACAUACCCAAACUGGGAACCGUGAACACUCUCCAGGGCUCCCUGGGCAUGGACUUGUCUGGCAUCCUCCAGGCAGGGUUAAUCCAUCCUGUCACGGGACAAAUUGUAAAUGGCAGCCUCCGAAGAGACGAUGCCGCCAUGCGGAGGAGACGGGGCAGGAGAAAAAAUGUAGAAGGGAUGGAUCUCAUCUUCUUGAAGGAGAGGCCUCUUCCAACAAGGCUGCAGGAUGUUCAGGAAGACCAGCCGCAGCCCCCCCAGAACAGUGCCCUCCCCGAUGGGCCGGUUGCUGCUACCUCAACUCCACAGCCAGUCCCAGCUGCAGGCAGCCAAGCAGAGAAAGCUGUCCCAAAUAAGAGUCUCCUCGACUGGCUCCGUCAGCAGUCCGACUACACACUCGACGUUCCCGGCUUUGGCACAAAUUUUUCAGACAAGCCCAAGCAGAGGAGGCAACGCUGCAAGGACCCCAGCAAAUUGGACGUUAACUCACUCACGGGAGAGGAGCGGGUGCCUGUGGUACAUAAGGGUACCGGACGGCGGUUAGGGGGAGCCACGGCACCAGCAUUGAAGGAAUUGCCAAGGUGGCUUGAUGCAAACUUGGAGUAUGCUGUUGCAGCUGACUGGGCUGACAUUGUUAAGCUUUCAGGCUACUUACCGGAAAGCAAAUUCAAUCGCAUCCUAACCGAGCCUGUGCUCCGUGAUGCAGGGCCUCGCCGGAGGGGGAGAAGGCCCCGAAGCGAACUCAUUAAAGGCCCCGGUGUUGUAGCAGAUUCUUCUUCUGGAAUGGGACCAUUGUUCAUGAACGGACUGAUUGCUGGGAUGGAUCUAGUGGGACUUCAGAACAUGAGAAACAUGCAAGGGAUCCCUCUGACCGGGCUGGUUGGGUUUCCUGCUGGAUUUGCAGCAGUGCCCGCAGGCGAGGAUGUGAAAAGCACCCUGAGUAUGUUGCCCAUGAUGCUGCCGGGCAUGGCUACCGUACCACAGAUGUUUGGCGUCGGAGGACUUCUCAACCCCCCCAUGACAACUACUUGUACUGCGACUGCCCCGACUUCGUUAACAAGCACAACGAAAAGUGGUACAGCCAACGCAGAGAAAGCUACUGAGGAUAAACAGAGUAGCCAGGAUGUGAAAAAAGAAACUCUCUCGGAAGAUAAGCCUGGUCCUAGUUCGUUUUCUAAUCAGACAGAAUCUGCAAUAACUACCAGUAGUCCUGUAGCUUUUAACCCGUUUCUUAUCCCAGGGAUGUCUCCUGGACUGAUCUAUCCCUCAAUGUUUCUUUCCCCUGGCAUUGGCAUGGCGCUGCCCGGCAUACAGCAAACCAGACACUCGGAGGCAGCAAACCUGGAAAGCCAGAAGCGGAAGAGAAAGAAAGCAAAAGGGGAAUUGGCAAACCCAGAGCCAGAAACUGUCUCGCUGCCAGAAAAAGAAGCUGCGAACAGUCAAAACUGUACAGAGCAAACACCGCCUUUGUCGGCAGAGAAAGAGCAGGAUGGACCAGCAGAGGAGGAGCGCGAAGCGGCUCGCGAUACCAAUUAGAACUUUUGUUUCAUUGAAAAAAAACACAGAAAGAUUGUGGCUUGUGAGUUUCUUAUCCCAUAAACUCUUUGUUACUUACCCUCCCGCCCCGCUCCGCCUUCAUAAACCUGUGUUUCCAUGAGUAAUAUUAUCUACCUAAUCCCCUGUCAGAAAAAAACUGGUGACAUACUACAUGUUAAUAGUUGCAGGGUCUUGCCACUUUAUUAGAUAAACAGUGUUGUCUAGCUAGUAUGGGAGGCACCGAAUUCUUGUUCUGUUUUUCCAGUCGUUCAUCCCAGUCGACGAUAGCAAAUCCAGUACUCGGUCACCCCCCCAAAUUGCUCACUCCUUGGAGAAGAAAAAGCGGCAAAAAAAAAA